AUGGCAGGACCACAUCCUCGUACUUACCUUGGCUGGUGGGGUCACUUAGGUUCCCCAAAACAAAAGUAUGUCACUACUUAUACCGUUUCUCCUUAUGCUACCAGACCAUUAAAGGGAGCUUUAUAUAACUCUGUUUUUAACGUUUUCAGAAGAGUUAAAAAUCAAGCUUUAUUUGUUAUAAUUCCUGGUGUUAUUGUUUGGAACAUCUGGGCCGUUGCUAGAGAUUAUAAUGAAUACUUGUAUACUAAAGCUGGUAGAGAAGAUUUAGAAAAAGCUAAUGCUUAAUCUAUUUGC